UUAGCCUGUAUGAAACCAAUCAAAAAUAAAUUUUGGACUCCAACGUUUAAAUUCUUGACCGGUUUUGAAAGUCUUAUCCUUAAAAAUCACCGAAUUAGUCUUGUUAAACAAGGUUUCUAAACCGAAAGAGUCCACCUCCUAUAAAUACCUAUAUCUUCCAAAAGCCGCAAGCUUUUUCCAUACUUCUUGGCUUGGUCAUACUACUUUUUCUAAAUCAAAGUUUCUGCUUGACACAGAGAGCGCUCUUCCUCCCUCUCUCAAAACAAGAGCUUUAUUAGCUCUUUGUUUUACUUUUGUUUAUGAUGCCUAGCGUCAGCUCUGAUUCAUCUGAUCAGGACGCAGAACCCUUUGUUGAGAUUGAUCCCACUGGACGCUAUGGCCGUUACAAUGAACUACUUGGCUCUGGGGCAGUGAAAAAGGUGUACCGAGCAUUUGAUCAAGAAGAAGGUAUAGAGGUUGCUUGGAAUCAAGUGAAGUUAAGAAACUUUACUAGUGAUCCAGCCAUGAUCGAUAGGCUUUACUCAGAAGUUCGAUUGUUAAGGAGCUUAACGAACAAGAACAUAAUUUCUCUGUACAAUGUGUGGCGUGAUGAAGAUCAUAAUACUUUGAAUUUCAUAACUGAAGUUUGUACUUCUGGGAAUUUGAGGGAAUACAGGAAGAAACAUAGGCAUGUUUCUAUUAAGGCACUAAAGAAAUGGUCAAGACAGAUUUUGAAGGGCUUGAAUUAUUUGCAUACACAUGAGCCUUGUAUAAUCCAUAGAGAUCUCAAUUGCAGCAACUUGUUUAUCAAUGGGAACAUUGGACAGGUAAAAAUUGGUGACCUUGGUUUGGCUGCAAUAGUGGGAAAGGGUCAUUCUGCACAUUCAAUUCUUGGGACACCAGAAUUUAUGGCACCAGAGCUAUAUGAGGAGCACUAUACAGAAAUGGUAGAUAUAUAUUCAUUUGGUAUGUGUGUUUUAGAAAUGGUGACUUUGCAAAUUCCAUAUAGUGAGUGUGAUAAUGUUGCAAGAAUAUACAAGAAGGUUUCAUCUGGAAUUAGGCCUCAGGCCUUAAGCAAGGUCAGAGACCCUGAAGUUAGGGCAUUCAUUGAGAGAUGCCUUGCUCAGCCUAGAGCAAGACCUUCUGCUGCAGAUCUCCUCAAAGAUCCAUUCUUUGAUGGAAUUGAUGAUGAUGACGAAAAUGAUGAUAAUGCUCAUUCAUAAUACAUUCUAAUAUGGAUGAUUGUAUUUUUCUUUUUUUAAGGAUACUAAUAGUAUUUAGAAUGUUUAAAUGUAUGGCUCAAGUAGCCUACUUGUCUUAUUCUUGUCAUUUAUUUUCCUAUAAAUUCUUUCCUUUUCUUGUUUCUUUUUAUUUUUGAUGAUUGGAGGCACUUGAGAAGGAUAGGUUCUGCUUUCAAGUUCCAAAUGUCUUUUUUUCCCCCUGUUUUUUUUUUUUUAAAAAAAAGGGAAAUUAGAUGAGGAUGAAACUUGUGGGGAAGUAGAAGAAUAUGACAAGGUAGCCAUUGUUUAGGGGUUGUUUUGUUUUUGUUCAAAACUUCAAACUUUGUGGCAUGUAAACUGUAGAAAUUAUGUAUUCAACUUGUGUGUGUUUUUUAAUGAACACAAGGAAAGUUUGUUGUUUGCUUUA